AUGGAACCAAGAUCAAGAGAAACUACUCCUACAAAAGAGGAUUUGGAUUUUAUAGUUGAUGAUGGUUAUAGAUAUGAUGUGGAUCCAGAUUAUGUUCCAGAUGAAAAAUAUCUUGUUAGUGGAAAAGAAUUUAAAAAGUUAGUUCGAAAUGCUAAAAAACUUGGUGCUGAAUCGCUUGAUUAUUCAACACGAAAAAAUAACAAAUACAUGGCAACACUUUCAAGUGGAAAAAAAGUUCAUUUUGGAUCGCCAAAAUAUCCAGACUAUCUUAUUCAUCAAGACAAAGAUCGACGAGAUAAAUAUCUUGCUAGAGCAACAAAGAUUAAAAAUAAACAGGGGGAGUUAACUUAUAAUAAUCCUGAAUCAUCUAACUAUUGGUCUGUACAUCUACUUUGGCCAGAAAAAAGUAAAUUAAAGAUUUGAUAAAAUAUAAUAAAAUGAGUUCAAAUGAUAUUGUUGGUCUUACUAGUCUAUCUAAUGAUAUUGAUUUAGUUGGUCUUACUAGUCUAUCUAAUGAUAUUGAUUUAGUUGGUAAAACAUAUGUUAAUAGUAAUUAUGUAGAUAAUUUUAACGAAAAACUUAUAAAAGUUUUAGAAGAAGGAUUAAAAGAAAUUUCGGAUAGUUUAUAUUCUAUAGAAGUCACAAUUGAAAAUAAAUUAUUGCUUAAAGAUUAAAUUAUAAUAAUAAAAAAUGCAAUUAUCUAGUUACGAUCAUCUUACUCCAGAGAAUAUUAUUUUUAAUGAACCUAAAGAGUACAAAGUAAAAGACAGCAAAAUCAAAUACAAACGUAUUCCAAUUGAAGUUAAAUAUCCAAAUGGAAAGAAAGGACCACUUGUAAUCGAAACUCCAGUUCUUUUUUCUUUUGGAGUAAAUGAAAAGAAAAACCAAGAAACAAACAAGUUAGUAGGUUAUAGUAUUCCAGUAUGUCUUUGGGCUAAAGGUAGUGAGCCGAAUACUAAAGAAAAAGCAUUUUUUGAUGUUAUUAAUAAUAUAACAACUGCCUCUCAGCAAUAUUUAGAGAGUGAAUACGGUGCAGAUCUAGCAUCAACUCUAUCUUCACCAUUUUAUUUCAAACAAGAAGAAUAUACAGAUAAGAAAGGAAAGAAAAAAACAAGAAUAGAUCCCUCAUCCUCACCAGUUCUUUACGCAAAACUUAUUUACUCAGAAAAAUCUAAGAAAAUUCUUUCACUAUUUAAAACAAAAGGAAAGAAGGAUUUAAAUCCUUUUAAAUAUAUCAAUCAGUACUGCAAUGUUAAAAUGGCUUUGAUUGUUGAAGGAAUCUUUAUAAGUAAGACUGUAACACCUUUACAAAUAAAAGUACAUGAGUGCUAUGUCAAACCAUUAAAACCUAGGGAAUCUUUACUAACAAUUGAGGAGGAAGAGAGUGAGGAUGAAGAGAUAACUGAUCAAGUAAUUGAAGACUUACUUUCAUCUGAUAAAGAAGAAAAUGAGUAA